UCCUUUCGUUGUUAGACGGUCGUCAAAACAGAACCGUCCAAACCAGGGCAAUCUCUUCAAGGAGGCCAACUUUCAAAUCUCAGCCAGUAUUUGUGCACGUUUUCCUUAAUACGAAUAUUCUGUCCCAACCAUGGGUUGUGCUGCUUCUUCGCAAGACGCUUACUCCAACGGGUCUUACGGCUCUGGUUCGGAAAUUAGUUUGCACAACAAGAAACGCCCCGAAGAGGUGGUGUACUCGGAUAUCGAGAACCAGGCCCUACCUGUUCUAACUUUCAAUGAGCAAAUAUCUGUCGUGUCUCAAUCGGGAUCGGGAUCCUCAUCCCAUCGAGACCGAUUAGACGAGUUCAAACGCAAAGGUCGAGAUGAGAUUCGACAAGCUCAAGAGAAACUCAAUGCCUCGCUGAACACACCCAUCGUGGACAAAGAGAUUCGAGUAUUGGAAAGUGGAGCCUGGUUGGAGGAACAUAAGGAUCUCACCCAUCGACGAAGUGUCCUGCCGCCCAUUCAGAAUGGGAAGCAAAUCACCAGCAAAGGCAUGGCCUUCAACGUGGAUUAAAAAAGAACCACGCAAUGGGACCGAUAGAAGUGUAAGGAGUGUAUCUUUGGUACGUGUCAUCAUGUUGAAGAAAGGGAUAGGAAAAUCCUUUUUAGCCUCAAAGACAAUCAUGUUGAGUACUUCAAAUCUCAUAACGCCCCUCGGAAAAGACACGGAUAUCAUGCAUGGCUGAUACGUGAAUCAACACGCAACAGUUGACCUGAACCAAAAAAGAAUAUAACCAAUCGUGAAUGUGCCAAAGAGUGGAUCAUAUUAGAUGUUUCGUUUUUAGUGCUCGAGUCGAGUUUUACACAAAAGUUCCUUGCGUCUAACAAACGUUGCUUAGAAAUGAAACGUUCCCUCGACAUAAACCAUAGUACAAAUGGAAAAUAGCUUGGCUAAACUGGCCAUAAAUGGUGGGGUUCCACAUUUCGUUGCAAAUUUAGCUUGACCAGAAUGUUCCAACCAGUCACACAACACAGAUUUCCUACAUACGCACAUACCAACUAUCAGUGCGUGAACUCGUACAAUGGCCAUACAAACCUUCGAGAAUGCAAUAAAAUAGUCCCUUUUGCAUUUACCUUACUCUUUCACAUUGAAGCCUUUUACAGGGUGGCCAGAAAUAACGACAAUUUGGAAAUCAACAUUGAAAAAUGAAUGGAUAGACAAUUCAAAUCAAAAUUUCCCAUGUCAAUAUUUGAACAUUGGCCAUCUAUCAAGGUUCUCUACUCGUACGAUCAAGUUGUACUCAUUUUUCGCUAUCAAAGACUACUGAUGAGGAUUACAGUCCCAGUAGAGGUAUAGAAAUCAGUAGAAUGAAAACAAGAGACAAGAGUGAACGAAGUAUAGCAGUUAUGUAAAGCGAGUACAACAACGUUGCUUGCUCUCCUCCCGUGCCAAAUUUAAUGGAUUUUGUCGUAGUUUAGGUGCUGUGGCGGUCGCAGAUGAUGGACGCAUCGAGAAAUACCCUCAGAGCAUCUUCUUUAGAUGUUUGUCUAGUAUUUUUUUUAACUAUGAAAUUGACCUUGCUAUCAUUUGAUCACAUGACAAACUCAUUCAUUUUUAUCAGGCCACCCCGUAUGCACAUGGAAUGUUAACAUACCAUAAAAUUUGAUAAAACAUUCAAUCUUAAAGUUAUGUCUGUGUGAAUCGCGACUGUGAUUUGAACCUAUUGAUUGUGAUCCAAAGUAUUUUUAACACUGUCGUAAAAGCUCAUUGUGAUAUGUUCAUUGAAUAGUCCAAAUACAAAAAUCCGUCUUUCUC